GAUCGCCGGAGGAGAAGUUUCUGCGCCGCAGAGAUAGACGGCCACCGUCGCCAAGCGGUCUAAAAAAUGAGGGCCGCCAACUCCGCUAGGGCUUUCUUAUUUUUACAAAUUAUUCUCUCCUCGUUUGCGAAGACCCCGACUGUGAGGCUUUCCGUUCCCGAGGGUCAUUACAUCAUCCUGAUCUGCCCUGGCCGCGAGCCCACAGACUCCGCCCCCCUGGAGUGGAGGGACGGGGACGGACGGGUCCUGGCCACCUGGCAGGGGCACACGGCAGCCAGCGCUAAAGCGGGCAGGUACAGCCUCCUGACGGACGGGUCCCUCUUCAUCAGAGACCUUCAGCCGGGGGAUUCCGGAGAGUUCCGCUGCGGCGACCAGGUGGCGGCCGACGUGCAGGUCCUGACAGGUGAAGAGUACGCGGUCAGCGCCGGCAGAACCGUGCUGAUCCCCUGCAAAGUCACCGACAAACAGAAACAGAAGUGGACGUUCCGGAAGGGCAAGCGUUCGGAACGCCGGACCGUCUUCGUCAGGUUUCGGAACGGAACGCUGAGGAAGGAGGCCGAAGACCCGCGGAACCGCCUCUCGCAGACGAAGGACAACGCGCUCCGCAUAUCCGACCUCCGGCCCAGCGACGCGGGGGAGUACUGGUGCAACGGCAAAAAGGCGGCCGUUUUAACCGUGAGGACAGAGAAUCCAGAUUACACAAAUCGAACUGCAUUUACAACUGAGGAGACUGACACAGAGACAGACGUGCCUGAAAAUGACGAUUCGGACCAUGACAGCGUAUCGACGGCUGUCCUCAUUGGCUUGGGCGUCCUCAUUCUUCUGGCCGGCUUGUUGAUCUUUCUGGUGAUGAACAGGAAGAGGAACAGGAAAGGAGACAGACGGGGAAUCGACCAGCUUGACUCCAUGGGACCGGCUGAUGGGGCCAGACAUCCUGUUACCAUGGCUACUGAAGAACCACAGAACAAAACACAGGGAGACCCCACGAUCGAAGCAGGCGACAUUCAUUACGCUUCUCUGGGCCGUCAGAACUGGAGAGAGAGGCCGUACACUCAGGGCGAGAGACACCAUGUGAUCUACUCCACUGUGGCUGGAGGGCCAGUUUAGUCACAGGAGGACAGCACUACGUCCUCACAAAACAAAAACAACAUCCUAACAAAACGAUAACAACGUCCUCAAUGCACUGGAGUAAACUAUUCCUCUGACUGCACUGGUCAUGUAAUGGAGUAUUUCAAAGUAAUGUAACUUUUUAGAUGAUGGUAGAAUUGUAUAACUCUUAUUCAGAAUUUUCAGUGAAGCAUGUUACUUAAGUGUUUCAAAAUAAGCAUUUGACCUAAGACUAUUUCAUUUUCAUACAAUUUUAAGUAAGUGUCACCUGUAAGAUGUACGAAUUGUGGAGGUGAAGUUCGGCUCAUUAUACUAUUUAUAAAAUCAAAGGUCUUAAAUGUCAUAUAGAAUGAAAAGCAGUACUGGAUCUACAUAGCUGUAAUGACAUUAAAUACAUGACCUUAAUUGAAAUAUUCCUGUUUUGUUUCUGUAUUUUACAUGGAUAUUAAUGUAUUAGCUGUCCAUCAAUUUAUUGAAAUGCUUUUAUUUAUUGAAAAGUCAAUGCUAUUUGAUCACCCAAACAUUUCAGCUUAAUCCAAUUGUUUGCACCUUUUACACAUUGUAAAUACAUUUGUAAUUAAGGACAAUAAUAUUGCCAUUAUAAAUAACACAUUCAUGAGAUAGUUCAGUUUGAUUUCUCCUGGAGGAACAGUUUCAUUAUGUUUCCUUCUGUGAAAAGAAUGCAUGCAUUAUUACAGGCACAUUAUUAAUCUUAUUGUCAUGAUGCCCUCAAGCGACCACUAGAGGGCGCCCACUACCGUUUCCGAGUUGUCCUGUCUCAUUGUGUCCUCCUCUGAUUAGUUCUCGUUAUUGCAUUGUAUUACGUAUGGGCUUUUGGUUGUUGCACGUGUACAGCGUAGUUCUGUUCAGGUGUAAGACAAAGCAUUUCAUUCAAGAUGCACUAAUCAUGGAGGUGAAGCUGUGCUCAUUAUGCAGUUCAAAGGUUAGAAAUAUAAUACAGAAUAAAAAGCAAUAUUCGAUCUACAGUGUAAUUACAUUGGUUUGUAGCCAGAGGAACACACUUUAAUUGAAAUAUUCCUGUUUUGUUUGUGUAUAUUCAUGAAUAUUAAUGUAUUAGCUGCCCAUCAAUUAUACAGUCUUUCAGUACAA